AGCUUCCUUGUUGGAGAAGAAGCAUCACACAUUUCAAAAAUAAAAAUCUCAAGGCAAAGAAGCUUCCUUGUUAACCCUAUAAAUACCAAGGGUUUAGCCGAGAGAGUGUGAUCAACAGCCAAGAACACUAGAAAGUGUAGCAAACAUGGACGAUCCGGUUAAGCUCAUCGGCGCGUUUGGCAGUCCGUUCGUGCACCGCGCCGAGGUCGCCCUGCGGAUCAAGGGAGUGGCUUACGAGUUCAUCCACGAGAACCUGGACGACAAGAGUGACCUGCUGCUCGCCAAGAACCCCAUCCACAAGAAGGUCCCCGUGCUGCUUCAUGGCGAUCGUGCCAUCUGCGAGUCGCUCGUCAUCGUCGAGUACGUCGACGAGGCGUUCGCCGGCCCGCCCAUCCUGCCGGCCGAUCCCUACGGCCGCGCCAUGGCUCGCUUCUGGGCUCACUUCAUCGACCACAAGAGCUCGAGGCCGUCAUGGCUGGCGCUGUGGUUGGACGACGGCGAGGAGCAGAAGGGGUUCCUGAAGGAGACGAAGGAGAACCUGGCGCUUCUGGAGGCGCAGCUCGAGGGGAAGAGGUUCUUUGCGGGUGACUCGAUCGGUUACCUGGACAUUGUCGCCAGUGGACUGGCUCACUGGAUCGGCGUGGUGGAGGAGGUGACUGGAGUGAGCUUGGUCGGUGACGAGUAUCCUGCUCUGCGCCGGUGGUCCAAGGAGUACACCUCCGACGAGACGGUGAAGCAGUGCCUGCCGAGCAGAGAACACCUCACCACCAUCUUCGCUGGAAAGAAGGAGAAGUUGAAGACGGCAGCUAGGAUGAUGCUGCAGCAGUGAUCGUUGCGAAGAUAUAAGAUCAAUGUUCUAUGUUUCUGAAAUCCUGUGAGUUUCAUCUGGGACAGUGGGCGUAGAUCGAUGUCUCAUCGUGCGACAAAUAUAUUGAUGUGAUAUGUCAUGUGUCACUUCUCAAAUAAAAUGCAAUCAGAAUAUAAAUGAUGAUAAAAUAAUACCGAAAGUUGUGCACGUACAUCAUCAGAUUGUUUGCUUAUUGCUCCUGUCCGUUUCUCAUAUGGCGUGAUCUUGAGUCUGUAUUAUAUAUGCAUGAUUUUCUAAAUUGAAGUUUAACUGUUGUUUGUCGGUA